AUGACACAUAAACACAAAUUUAUACAGCACUGCGAAGCAGAUCGUCGUAAUCAAAUAAAAAAACAGCAAAAGAUCUUAGUUAUUUUAGUAGCAGUUAUAUUGGGAAUACGUCUAAUGGUCUACGUCGCUGGAAAAAGCCAUACUUUAGCCACGAUGAGCGCAUCAUCAACAAUGCAGGAGAUAGAUGAAAGCACAACAGAAUCGGUUAGAAUUGCUUGGCUUUACAUCAUUAUAGAAUUGCUUUCUCUUUACUUUGUACUCAAACUGGAACGCAUUGGCAUAUACAUCUUUGCAUGGAUCUAUGUAGCCCUUUUCCUCCUAUCAUUCAUUUCUAUAGUAUUUCUUUUCAUUUCUGUUGGCAUAUCACAGUCAGCAAAGAAAGUUGCUGCUGAAGCCGAUAAUUCUUUCACGGCCUUUGAAAUAUUUUCUCUUAUUAUUGUCUUACUUUUGUUAACUGCAUAUAUUAUAAAAACAAUAUUUUCAUUUAAAUUAAGCAAAUUAUUGAAGCAACAAAUCGUUCUAGAUGUUUCUCAACAAGCACCAUUGGUUUGA